AUGGCCCCGGACUCCAGCUCAAGCUCUCCCCAAUCGACCUCCCUGCGCCAACCCUCGCCCUCCCCGAACCAACGGCUCCGGCCCCCGACCCGCCGCCACACCAGCACCAUCGACGACCUCAUCAGCAAGCCCCUCGACAUCGAAAAGCACCGGAAGAUGCCCUACUUCCUCCGCAUGAGAGGGAGCAUCACACCGCGGAUGAUCGUCCCCCUCGUCUUCGUUGCGAUCUGGUCGAACAUCACAACCGCUUACGAGCGCUACGUCGAAGGCCGCAAGUACUGGGCGCAGCUGAUCCAGACGUCUCGGGACCUGGCCCAGCACAUCUGGAUCCACGCCGAGGAGCGGCAUGACCGGAGCCCCGAGGCGGGAAAAGCCGAUGUGCUGGCCAAACUGACCGCUCUGAACCUCAUCAACGCCUUCGCCGUCUCGCUCAAACGCCGACUCCGGUUCGAGCCCUACGCCAACUACGACGACCUGGCGCCGCUCGUGGGCAACCUGUCCACCUUCGCGGGGGCAGCGUCCGACGCGCACGCAGUCGAAGAACCCGACCGGACCUUUCCGAAAGCCAUCGGUUCCUACCUCGGGCUCGAGUUCCUGGAGUCGAAUCCGCGGAAACACAUCAAGCGCGCGGACAAGGAUGGCAAGAAACUCGGCAACCUCCCGCUCCAAGUGCUGCACUACCUAUCCGCGUACGCGGAAUCCAUCAUAGCCAACGGGACCCUCCCCAACGGGGUGCACCAGGGCAUGAUGAUGGCGAACCUAGCCUCCCUCAACGAGGUGCUCGCCGGCACGGAGCGCGUUGUCAACACACCCCUCCCGGUCGCGUACUCGAUCGCCAUCAGUCAAAUCACCUGGACGUACGUCAUCGCGCUGCCCUUCCAACUCUGGGACUCACUGCGCUGGGUCACCAUUCCCGGAACGGUCGUAGGCGCCUACAUAAUCCUGGGCAUCGCCGCCAUCGGCCGAGAGAUCGAAGACCCCUUCGGCUAUGACGAAAACGAUCUCCCGCUAGAUAGGUACUGCAAACAGAUUGAGGAUGAGAUCAAUGUGAUAAGUUCCAAAGAGCCGCCGAAGCCGGAGGAUUUCAUCGCGACGGAAGGGAACCGGUUGAUGUAUUCACUGAGCUAUGGAGCGUGGAAUGCAAAGAGCACGGAAGAUAUACGGGCGACGUUGAGGGCGAAGGCGAAGACGAAGCCGAUGACGAGCUUUCCGCCGGUAUUGGCGGAGAAGGGUGCGCAGGGUAUCGUCUGA